CAUUGGUAAUGAUACCAGACGCACCACUCGAGGGCCCAUAAUCAUCUUUUUAAUGCGUUUUCCUAUAAAUAACAAACAACAUUAAGAUCACAUUCAAAGGCAAACUAAGGAGUGCAGAGGGUAUUUUACCAAGCAAAGACGAAUGGCCGUGAAGCUCAACUACCUCUUUCUUUUCGUUUACAUUGUUCUUCUUAUUUCAGAGGGGAAUGCUUCUAAUGCGCACCUGACGAUGCCCACAAAGGUAGCUACCGCAGGAGGACGGGAUGGGAAAACUGGUAGGUCGGAAUGGCUAUACGUAGCAGGAGAGUGUGCAAAAUUACCACUUUGCAACAAAUAUUGCAUUUCCAACGGGUUUCGUCUUGGUGGGUUUUGUAAAAAAUUGUCCCCUCAAGCUUCUUCUCUUUCUUGUGUUUGUAAAUACACCUAAGUUAAUUAACAACAAGUUCCUUUUCUUUCUUUUUGUUGUUGAGAAAAAACAAUAAAAGUGUUGUUGACAAUGUAAGCCUUGUUGGUCCCUUCUACCAUUCUACGUAUGUUUUGUGGUUUGGAACUUGUAAGUCUGGUAUUGCUUUGUGAUUUAAUAAUUUCUGGUUUAACAGAUAAGAUCUUGAUUUAGUCUAUAA